GAGAGUGGAUAUGAGGUGGGAGGCAUAGCGAAUGGGGCUACGGGGAAUAAGAGGAGGCUCUUUGUCCAAAACUGUUCGUGCUGGAUAAGUGUUCGUGUUGGUGCCCUUCGGAACAAUACGGUCCCCUUACUUCGGACGAUCCGUGUGGAAUCAUCUUUCAAACGCAACUGCAGAAUGGCGACCGUGUUGAUGAUGAUGAGAAGUGUUCAUCACCAGCAGCAGCUCGCCGGGCUGCGUGGGACGAUCGCCUUGUUGGGGCGGCAUCUGUUGUCCGGGCGUAUCGCGAUGAGCACAGGGCCCACCUACGAGACGCUGUUGGUUACCAAGCCCAAGGAUCACGUGGUUCAUGUGGAGAUCAACCGACCAGAAAAGCGCAACGCCUUGAACCAGCCAUUCUGGAAGGAAAUGGUGGAAUGCUUCAAUCACAUCGCAGACGAUAAAGAGUGCCGUGCGGUGGUCGUGUCUGGAUCUGGGAAGGUGUUCAGUGCAGGCAUCGACCUUGUGGACAUAACGGGCGACCUGGUAACGCCGGAGGGAGAUGAUGCAGCUCGAGUUGCUUGGAACCUGAAGCAGGUCAUCAAGUUGUACCAGGAGGCCUUCAACGUCAUUGAGAAGUGUUCCAAGCCAGUCAUAGCAGCCGUCCACAGCGCUUGUAUUGGCGAAGGUUUGGACAUGAUUUCAGCAUGUGACAUCCGUGUGUGCACAAAGGAUGCCUGGUUCCAAGCAAAGGAGGUGGACAUUGGCCAAGCAGCAGAUGUUGGAACCUUGCAACGCCUGCCACAUGCUAUUGGCAGUCGCAGCCUGGUCUGUGAGAUGGUGUUCACAGCACGCAAGAUGUUUUCUGAUGAAGCAAAGAGCAGCGGCUUGGUCAGCCGCGUCUAUGACAACAAGGCCAGCAUGAUGAAGGGGGCCCUGCAGUUGGCCGAGGACAUCGCCAGCAAGAGUCCUGUGGCCGUGCAGGGCAGCAAGGUCAACCUGCUGUACGCACGUGACCACUCUGUCCCCGAGUCUUUGGAAUACAUGGCUGCCUGGAACAUGGCCAUGCUGCAAACUAACGACAUCAUGAAGUCGGCAACGGCCGUCUUUCAGAAGAAAAACCUCAAGGAGAACAUUUACACCAAUCUGUGAUGUUGUUUUGUUCGAACACAGUGGCAUUUACAGAGGCAAGCAGGGCUCUAGAUGCAAAAGCUUUGGAUAACAAUUGUUAUUUUGGUAAUAAUGAACAGUAAUUCAUAGUCUGAUGUAAAUCUACUGCUGGUUGAAGGCCUCCCUGAUACCGUGCAGGUCGUGGUGGCUAUAUGGACCAUAUUUCACCAUGCUGAUCCGUGCGGGAUGGCAAUGGUGAGAUUCCUAGACUGGGACCAGUUGAGAUAUGACUUGUCACUGAUGUUGGCCAUGGCUGGGAAUUGAACUCGAGUGGUUGGCUUCAGAGUGCAGUCUGCUAUAAUGUUAAAAAUGAAAAUGACCAGUUAGCAGGAUUCCCUAAGGCUGACACAACUGUUGAUUUAUUUACAAGGACAAGGUCAGUUGAGCAGUGUUGGGAUGGUUACUUUUGACCAGUAGUUCACCCCAGAUAACUGAUUCUAAAGCCGUUGCCCAGCUCAAAGUGGAACUCUUGUGUUGUGGGUAUGGACUAGUUUAUCCAUAAGACAACUCUUGGCAUCCUACAAAGUAGAAUUCAUCUACUCAACCUUGGAGAUAUUUGACCUCUCAACUUUCUGAUGGCGUCAGUUCUAACACAGGGCUGCUUUUUAAAUGCAGUUAUGUUGAGUGUUUCUACGAUGUGAACGUUUCCUGGUUGAUUUAUCAAUGGCAUUAUAAUAAUUAUGCAUAGUUUAUGUAAUUUCGUGUGUCCUCAUUUUAUGAACAGUCAAAAUCUGCUUUAUAUCAAGUGUUUUUGUUUGCAGAAUAAAAUUACUUCAAUAUGUAAAGAAACUCCUUUGCAGGUUCCAUUUUAUAGACGAUUUAUUUAACAGUAACCCAUUUACAAGGCGAGAGUACGACUAACACGUUCACAAGGCUAUGACUAUCUGCAGCCCCGGUGGUUUCCACUAAUUUAAUCUCGAACAGUCCUUGAUGGUUUCCACCAUGUAGAUCUGGGAAAGUCUUUCUGGAUGAUUUCCACCAUAUAGAUCUUGAACAGUUGGCCCGAUGGUUUCCACAAUGUCGAUUCCAACAGUCGGCCCCGAUGUUGUCCACCUGCAGUCGUCCUUCAGUCCCCGAGCCAGCGGGCCUCACUCCCCCUAAUAUACCCGCUCGGCCACGCCCCGGUAAUUUCCAGCACUUUCCCCCGGUAGAUUCUUCCAGCAGACUCUACCGUCUUCUACUUCCCUUCUCGAACCUUCCCUCGUACAGUACCCUGCACCUGUUUGAACCUAUCUCCACUGACCCCACUAUAACCCUUGCCAUGUACAAUACCCUACAAAUGUAAUCAACUGAUGGGUGCAGCCAUGUGGGCAUCGUUUGCUAAACAUGUGGGCUGACUGAUGACACGUGUGUUUUUUAUGUUAUGGUUAAUAUUACACGGGAACAAAAAUUAACUGACGGAUGAAGUCCUCCCCAAAUGUUCGUAAUGGUGGUUCUAUAAAUAUUCUUCACCACGCUGGUCAGUACUAGGUUUGAUGUCUCGUGAAUAUAUCACUCGCUGAUCAUUUUUAUCUGGGUUUGUCGUGCAGUGUGCUAACCACUGUGCCACUGCUCCACCUUUUUGUAUAAACUAAAUUAGCGGAAUUUUUUUCUAUAUAUACCUAAUCUGGGUUCAGUAUUUUACAUUUAGGACUAUACAAAUCAUUCAUAACGCCAUGUUUUUUUUUCACUAUGCAGCAUGCAAUAGGUUUAUUGAAUCAUAAAUACUUUACACUAAUUGUGACAUCCAUGCACUCAAAUUUCACAUUGACAUCUGGGUAAAUUGUAUUUCCCAUCUGACUGGUAUCAAUGGGAGUCAAAGCCCUAAUGCACUUCAGGAAAUCAAUAUUUACAGCUGUGUGAGAGUGAAAACAUUACCCUCGGUCUAAUUGGGAUGUAGACUACACUGUAAAAAAAAUGUGUGCAUAUAAACUGAGCUACCCUGUAAAGAGGAAGACUUGUGUAAAGUUUACAUUCUUGAUUAAAUAAACUUUCACGGAGAG